AUGUUCAAAGGCCUACAUCACUCCACUGAUCCUGGUGAUGUUAUUUCUGAUCUAAAGAGUAAGGGGUUUAAACCCAUUUCUGUAAUCAACAUUGUCCAAAAGAAACGUAUUGUCACUAAAACUUCUAAAGAAAAAUCUGUCAAAAAUUCCCCCCAAAAUAUACCAGUAAAUUCUCAAAAAUCUGAUAAGAUGCCUGAAAAUAUCCCUGACAAUUCUAAUACCAACAAUAAUCCUGACGCUAACUCACCAGCUAUCUCUAAUAGCGAAUCCAAUAACAUGUCACAAACCUUACCCCAAGAUGAACAACCUCAACCAGAUCCAAAUACCAAUAGAGAUCAAAAUCCAGUAAACCAGGAUCAUAAUACUCAAACUGAAGGUAUAUAG